CCUUCUCUGUUUUCGUAACCUCGUACCCUUGUUUCCUUAUUUCUCUCACCAACAACAACGCUUCUUCCAAUUUUAGCCACACCCAUCUCACCAAAAAGGACGAGGAAAGAAGCAACGUUGUUGUUUCGUUUUCUCCACGUCCGUUACAUAAGACUCUAAAUAGAGGCAAAGAAAAACGGGAAUGUGGUAAUGAUGAUUUGUGACCAGUUAUAAUCCAUAAACACCCUCCUUCGUUUUCGUAUAACAACGAUCGUUUCUCCUUCUUCUUCUCACCGCUCCUCUGUUUAACACACACUCUUUUUUUCUUCCCCUUUGUCUUUUUCCGUUUGUUCGAGGAAAAAGAGAAUAGUCUCGUGAGGUUGCUAUGUCUCCAAUCUCUCCACCCACUUCCCUGAAAUGGGUUCCCAUGUUUCCACGUUCACUCACUCCCUCGUGAACGUUUGAAUUAACCGAGACAAAGAGCAAAAAUGGCAUCUUCCGAGGUUGAAAUUGCUUCCUCCUCGCCGUUUGGUUGUGUCCUAAGGGAUCGCAAUCACCGGGAAGCAUGCAGGGAGAGCAACGUGAAGGGCACGCAUAAUGCUGCUACGUUUCAGAGAAACAUCAACAACUUUGUGAUCGAUCUUAACACGUGCAUGGCCGUGUCUUCUGAUUCCACAACAAACGAAAACAACAACAGUAGUAGUAGUGACAGCAAUAACAACAACAGCAAGCAGCGUAAGUCUCCCAAAAACAACCACCUUGAAAGGCUAUGUUUAACGAGAUCCAAAACGUUCAACAACAACAACAAUGACAAUGAUAACAAUAAAGACGAAUCCUCAUUGGCCUCAUUGAUCAGCCCGAGACACUCAAGGCUUCUCGAUCGAUGGGCCGCAAAACAGGCUCGUGAGAUGGUGUCAAAUUUGGAGAACGAGGCUGAGUUGUUGUCCAUGGACGACAAUGACACGCUUCCAAGGACUUCUAGUUCCACCUCUGAAGAGUCCUCAUCAGAGACUCGGAACAUGGGUGCCUCUUCUCUCGUGCAGAUAUGGGAGAAGAGGUUGAACAAAUCCGGUAUGUCCAAAACCAAUAUGUCUGUGGACAGGAUCACUUCCUCCUCUUCUCCCAAUGCUGUAAAUGAGAAUGAGAGUGAGAAUGAAAGCGAGAAUGAGAAUGCUAAUGCUUUCUCUGUGGAGGAACAGUGCUUUGAUGGACCAUCAAAUGAAGAACCGUUCCCUGAUUGGGAUUCUAGUGACCAUUCUGUUUCGCCAGGUGGCAGGUCGGAGAAGGACAGGGUCAGUGUUGCUGAUAUCAUAAGGAAGCUCACUACUACGAAGCAGAAUCAGAGUCCAACACCUUCUUUUGUUGAUGAAAAUGAACAUGAAGGGUAUGGUGGUAGCUGUAGCGUGACAGGUAGUAGUGUGACAAGCUCUCCUUGUAGAGAACGUGAAUGCGGUGGUGUCUCCACACAGCAACAUGUGGAGCAGAACCAGAGAAUUAAUUUUUCUCUGCGAAUUAGAGGGCGCCAAGCGUACAAUGAAUUGCUUAUGCACAUGGAGAAUGACAGGCAUAGGGAGGUAAACAACCUGGCAGAGCGUGGAGCAGUGUCCAGGUUUGCACAAAGAGGUCGCAUUCAGGCAGUGCUUCGACUUAGAUUAUUGCAACGUGAGGUGGCAGCUAAUGAUCCCUCCCGCCAGAAAUCAACAGAAUCUGAAGUAAACAACAACAGACAACCACCGGGGGGAUCCGCAAUUAUUAUGCAAUUAAGGGAAAGAUUUAGCAGUGGAGCUGAACUUAGAACUCCGGUUCAGACAGAAGUAGCUAACGCAAGAAGUCCUCAAAGGGAAACAGUAAACAACACCCCACAAUUGAAUAACUCUGCCACAACUAAGCAACUCAGAAAAGACAAAAGCAAUAAGACAGCUUGUGGCACUUCCAUUCACGCUACACAAUCCACACAAAAGUCAGUGUCACAGGCUAAAAUAGAUCAUAAUACAGAAGAAGCUCAUCCAAGUUCAGAUGUCAUGGUCCAAGAAACACAUCCCACUUCAGAUGUCGUGGUCCAAGAACCACAUCCUAGUUCAGAUGUCAAGGCUCUACAUCAUGAUUCAAAAGAAACUACUGAGGCAACUACAACCAUGAUUGAUUCAAAUCUAAACGAUAUGGUGGAUAGGGCAGAGACGAGCAACCAACAGAAUGCUGUGGCUAAAAGCAGUAAUGAUAAGACAGUGAAUGAGGAAGAAGCAAGUAACAGGCAGUAUGUUGAAACCAGUUACUUGGAGACAGUAGAAGAAGAGCCAAUUAAUGAGAACUAUUCUGAAAGCAGUUAUGAUGAUGAGAUAGAGGAUGAGGUAGAGGACAUUGACCACAAUUGUGAUGAAACUAACUAUGACUGGAUCAGUGAAAUUUCUAGGCCUCGGAGCUAUUGGGAAGAGCGCAGGCAAGAAUGGUACAGAGAGAUGCUUGAAACUGGUUCUCACAAUGAGGAUAUAAGGACGCUUCUUGAAAGAAGAACAGUGUCAAGUUUCCUUUCUAGUGACUUCCGGGAAAAAAUGGAUAGAUUGAUGGAAUCUCACCGGGGAACACAAACACAUUUGGUCAAUAUUCAAGACCAACAGGAAGACAGCCAAGGUAUGAUGGCAUUUUUACAAGAACACUUGCAUUCUGCAAGAGCUUCUCAAGAAGAAGGAAGAGAUGCAGGGGAGGAAGAAGAGGAGAGGAGAAAUCAGGAUGAGGAAGAGGAAGAAGAAGAGGAUGAGGAUAAUGCAGAUGAGCAGGAGCAGGAGCAGGAGAAGGAGCAUGAAGAAGAGAGCCUGAUAAGUGGUUCAUAUCAUGGAGUUGGUGAUUAUUCUAAUAGAUCCUCAUCAUGGAGUUACAGAGAUAAUGAAACUGGUGACGAUUUUGAUAGAGUUGAUUCUACAUCCCCACAAACUUAUCAAUCUCGAUCAUUCUAUCCGGAUAGUCGGCAGUCUCCAUCUACCACUCAUCAUUCAAUUGAAAUGGAACUCAUGUAUGAUUUGAGAGGGCAAAUGGAGCAACUUUAUCAGGAGAUAUCUGAGCUAAGGAAAACAAUAAAGGGCUGCGUGGAUAUGCAGAUGCAAUUACAACAAUCCAUGAACCAAGAGGUUCACCCAGUUAAAAAAGAAGAAAAGAAGCCCCAUAAGACUCCAAAGAAAGGCAACUGCUGCGUUUGCUAUGAGAUGAAAGUUGACUCCGUGCUGUACAGGUGUGGACACAUGUGUGCGUGUCUCAAGUGUGCCAACGAGUUGCAAUGGAACAGUGGAAAAUGUCCUAUAUGUCGAGCUAAAAUAGUGGAUGUUGUUCGAGUAUAUGUUGACAAUUAGCCUUGUCACAGCGGACACAGUCUCACACACCUUAGGACUAUCCUUAGUCCUGAAACUUAGUAAACUGCUACAAUUAACACCUAAUACCAUACACGAAUUUCUCCUUUUUACCAUAUACUCUCAUCAAGUAUGUGAUUUUUUAAGGAGAAAUUCGUAUCACAAACAUCAUUGUACAUUUCAUAGUUUUAAAUUUAACUUUAUUUUUCCUGUUGAUAUGUGUUUCAGUCUUUUAGUCUUGUAUUACAAGGAUUAAAUAAAACAAAGACAAACGUUUACACAAACAAAUUUAUGGAAAC